UCAAUUAUAUUGAUGAAAUAAAAUAUCAAUUAUUACACGUAUAAUCGCUCUGGAGGCGUAGAAGAGAAGGGUGAGGGAAUCGCUUCGUGUUCUUCCCGGUUCUCCUCGUCUGCAUCGCGGCGUCCCUUGUCUUUGAUCAUGGAUUCGGAUAAGGGUCAGCCACUUCCUAAGUUCGGGGAGUGGGAUGUGAACAAUCCCGCAUCUGCUGAAGGUUUCACCGUCAUAUUCAACAAAGCUCGGGACGAAAAGAAGACAGGCGGUAACUCCGGUGCAACUCCAUCAAGAAACGAGGGAGGCAGUUUACAACAGGAUGAUGCCGGUUAUCAGUAUCCUUCAAAAACUCGCAAAUGGUUUUGCUGUGGCUGAUUGAUGUCGAGUGAUGAUUCUGCUGUGGUUUAUAGAUGCUGAAGCCACGUCUACAUGGUGAUUUUUAGUUUGAGGUUGCAGGGAUAAAGAGAGUUUGUUUUAACGUACAGAUUUGACAUGAAUUAUUAUUUUCCUUGGUCCGUGUGUGUUGUAUUAUAUAAACUGUCAGAAAAGAGAAGAGUUUGGUGAAGUGUUCUAUAUUCAGUUUCCCAUCUGGAUUUUCCACUCAAGUAAACCAAGCUUUUGUGGUA